CAGGCUCUGUCAUGUGAUCAGCUGUGUCUAAUCACAGCUGACAGCGCGGCACUGAUAAUCAGUGACCUGAUGAUCAGUGCAGCCCCAUCAGUGCCACCUGUCAGUGCCAUCAAUGCCAACUGUUAUGUGCCAUCAAUAGCACAUAUCAGUGCACAUCAAUGUCACAUAUCAGUGCCUACCAGUGCACAUCAAUGCCACAUAUCAGUGCCCAUCAGAACUGCCUUUCAGUUCCACCUAUCAGUGCCAGUCAGUGAUGCCUAUCAGUGAUGUCAAUCAGUGCCACCUAUCAGUGCCAGGCAGUGCCGCCUAUCAG